UCCCUUUGUUAAACGGUUUUCUAUGCAAGAAACGCAAAAUACUUUCUCGAUCGUUUGUCUCUUUUUCUCACCAACACUCUAACCGCUUAACGGGAUCUCGUGGACAUGGGUUCUGUUUCGGGUUCGAGUAAGGUUCACCACUGGAACGUUUUCGACGGCGUGAAGAUAAUCGCGGCGACGCCGGAGGCGCUGAUGGCGGAGAUCGACUCUGCGAUCUCGGCUAUGGAACACUCACGCGCCACCGCUAUGCUCGACGCAGACGAGGGAUACGACGCGCACGUGGCCGACGAGGCCUACAAGGCGGGCUGCGCCGCCCUCGCCGCCGGGAAUCUAGACGAGGCGCUCCGAUCACUGAACCUUUCUCUUGCGAAGUGCCCUCCCGACAAAGCCUCCGCGCUCGCAAAACUAAACUCGCUGAUCGAUCUCGCUUCUCAGCACCUUCAAGCCUCCUCCAAAUGACAACGCGUCGUCUCGUUUCGUCGCGAUUCUUGUGAAUCUUGAACUGGGAUCACAAAGGAUGUUCUGAGGGUUUUCACUCGUGGUACUUUUCGUUGAUUAGGAGUGACACUUGCAACCGAAGUCAAGCUGGCGUAUACAUGUUUUGAGAAUUAUCCCUCCAACAAUGAACCCAUCCCUUUUCAUUUUCACUCCUCUAACUCCCACACUGAAGAACAAAGCUUGCAUUUCUCAAUCUUCAACAACUCCACCUUAAUUCUUUUGCUCAUCUAUAUUUUUAUGGCUUCAAAAGUGAAUUUCAUAAUUUUUAAUCAUGCACAUUGUCACUCCAUCUCCCGGUCAGUCAGGUUUGUGAUUGUUCCUCCUCGUCUUCAUUCGCCCGAAUGUGGGCAAUGGCUUACCUAUAUAUAUCCACGAGAGUGGAGAUGUGUAUCUCCUGUUAAAAUUAUAGUAUCUGAAAAUUUUUUAUUUUCUCCUCCUAAUCUUAUAUAUUUGAGUCUGGUGCUGCUCUAUGGUAGAGACCUAUAGUUGAGAAUGUCAAAUACAUGACUUUGACUUGAAUAAAAGUGUCCCUGACUUAGAGUCUUAGAUCACAGUGUUAUGGGGGUAUUUCAUUUUGUGGUUUUGUAGAAUAUUGUUUGCAAUUUGUUAUUCACUCUCCCCUUGCUGUUGAAGAUGGUUGUUAGGUUGUAGGGCGUGUUUCCGGAUUGUGGUGAUUUGUGGCUUGCAUUGUUUUUGAUGGAUUUUGAGAGGAUUUGCGGUGUGUUUGUUUUUGUUGGUGGUAUGUGUGCUUCGGUGGUUUCAUUGAGUGGAAAAAAAAAAUCAGGUAAUGAUUUUUAGAAUUAUACAGGGUUUCAGUUUUGAUUUGAUAAUAAAAGAUGUAAAUGGUCAUUUAUUUUUGUGAAAAUGUUUUGAAAAUUGUUAUGAUUUUGAGAACUGGUUUGGAAAAUUGUUUUUUAAGUUGAAAAUGGAUAUUUCAAAACAGAGGGAAGGAUGACAAUGUUUGGAAAUAGUGACUUAUAUAUAAAAAUAUAGUUAGAUGGGGAUGGAUUUUUCGUAUAGGAUGUUGGUUUGUGUUUUGAUAAUAUUUAUGAACACUUUUUUGAAAAAAACCAAAUGGAUGUUGAAAGUAACAGUUUGGGUGAGCAGUGAUUUCCAAUAUAAUUUUUUCGAAAAGCCUUUGGUGUGAAUUUGUUAGGAACCAAAACAUACGGUAGGAAGACAUUUGAAUUAUUUUUGUAUCAAGUAGUUGGAAAUUAAUAGUUAACAUUCUUUUCAAUUGAUAAUGUUAUUUUUAAGUGUUGGUAAAUGAAUACUUUAGUACUUUACUAUUGAUUGUUGUUAUUAAUGUGGUGUAUGCAAGUUUGCAGCAUAUACUUUAAUAGGUGAAAGAGAAAAUAAUGUAAGUGUACUGAAAUAGUUUAGUCGUGUAUUGACGAUUUGAAUGUGUAUUUAAAAUAUUAAAAUAAUAUUGUAUGUAUUUCAUUUUGUGAAUUUGAUGAUUGUUGUUUGCAAUCCGUUGGAAGACAAUAGAGAUUAUUGUUGUAUUAGUUAGUGGUUGGAAAUAAAUAGUUAGCAUUCUUUUGAAUUGA